AUAUUUUCAGUCUCUCCUCUCCUACCCUGCGAAAUCAGCUUGGGGAUAUUUCAAUUGAUUUUAGAAUCUUCGAGUUCAACUUCGAAUUGAUCAUCCAAAAAACGUUUUUCUUUUCAAAUCAGUACCCGUAACCCUCAAAGGGGGAACGGAAAAUGUCAUCAUACGAGAAUGUAGUAGGUGGGAAGCUGAAGCUGAAGGGAAAAGCCUUAGAUGUUAAAACUGGUGGGAUCAAGAAGAAAAUGAAACAUAAGAAGCAGAUUCAACAUCAUGACCAAACUACCCAAAACGAUCUCUCUGAUGCUGCUUGUGGUGGAACCACAGAAGUUUCUGUUGAUCCAAAUGAAGAAGAUGUCAAUGAUGCUGAGAAAUCAAGUGGGGAGAGGAAGGUUCCUCAUUAUGAUGAUUAUCUUACCCCAGCAGAGAGGCGGUACAUUGAACAGAGAGAGCAACUUGACAUUAAUAGGUUGGCUAAGCAAGCUAAUAAAUCUCACCGUGAUAGAAUCCAGGAUUUCAACCAGUAUCUGGCAAACAUGAGUGAGCAUUAUGACAUUCCAAAAGUUGGACCUGGUUAAUUCGUGCGACACGGUAUCUCAGUGUUUUUAGAUGGAACUUAUGUUGUAAUGUACCAAAGGUCAAGAACCAAUAACUGCUUUGUUUUGUGGAGUUUGUUAAUUGAUACGUCACACGUUAUGCUGUCUAA